AUGCCAACGAGUUGGGAGGCAGAAGUGGAGAAGGAGAAGAAGGAGGGAAUUAAGAGAGUCACAAUAUUUGCUCUGACAGGAGUGGUCAGCGCUGACCAGGUGCUGGGGCUGUGCCGGCAGAGGCCCAUGUCCCUGCACGGCUGCCUGCUGUUCCUCUCUGUGGCCACCUUGGCCGGGGGUGCAGGAGCAGCCCUGACUCCAAACGUGACUGAGAAUAGGCAUGCGAGUUUGCCACGGAGCUGCAAGGAAAUUCUGAAGAAGCAUCCUGGAGCCAAAGAUGGCCUGUACUUACUCCGCACUUUGGACGGGGUCGUCUACCAGACCUUCUGCGACAUGACUGUGGACGGCGGCGGCUGGACCCUGGUGGCCAGCGUGCAUGAGAACCACAUGGCUGGGAAGUGCACUGCGGGGGACCGCUGGUCCAGCCAGCAGGGCAACCGGGCAGACUACCCCAAGGGGGACGACAACUGGGCCAAUUACAACACCUUUGGGUCUGCAGUCGCAGCCACCAGCGACGACUACAAGAACCACGGCUACUACGACAUCCAGGCGCAGGACCUGGCUAUCUGGCAUGUCGAAAACAAGACCCCACUGAGGUCCUGGAGGGAAAGAUCCCUGCUGAGGUACUUCACCUACUCGGGCUUCUUAAGGAGACUCGGACACAAUCUGUUUGGCCUCUACAAGAAAUACCCCGUCCAGUACAACAUCGGCAGGUGUUGGCACGACAACGGCCCCGCCAUCCCCGUGGACUAUGACUAUGGGAGUCCCGAGAAAACCGCCUCCUACUACUCCCCUAUUGGUCAAAGGGAAUUUGAUGCUGGAUAUAUCCAAUUCCGGGUGUUUAAUAACGAGAGAGCAGCCAACGCCCUGUGUGCGGGGAUGAGAGUUACCGGGUGCAACACGGAAAUCCACUGCAUCGGAGGAGGGGGCUUCUUCCCAGAGGGCAACCCCAGGCAGUGCGGGGACUUCUCCGCCUUUGACUGGAACGGAUACGGAACUCACACCGGAGGCAGCAGUAGCCGCGCCAUCACCGAGGCGGCCGUGCUGCUCUUCUACCGCUGA